UUUCAUCAGAGUUGGAGUUGCGCCAGAGUGUAUUGGGAGGUCGCAGGUCGAGAGGAUGACAUCUCGAGUGUGCUGCUCGUUGAUUGCUGCUUUAUUUUGUGUCUCUGUAUGUUUGAGCACAAGAGCUGAAGGAGCAGCCACAGUAAAUGGAUCUAUUCAUUUGGCUGCAGGGUUGUUACCAGAAAAGCCAGGAGUGUGUCCAAAAAAUCCUGAAGUAGCGCUUUUAGGUGAGUGUGUUGAGAGUUGUUCUCAUGACAGUGACUGUCCAAAAGAUGAGAAAUGCUGCAGCAAAGGAUGUGGACAACAGUGUAUGCCUCCAUAUAGAGAAAAGCCAGGAGUGUGUCCAAGCAAAAACCUUGGCAUAGGAGUGUGUGCUGAAUUGUGUUCUCAUGACGGUAACUGUCCGAAUGAUGAGAAAUGCUGCAGCAAUGGAUGUGGACAUCAGUGUAUGGCUCUGUCUAAAGAAAAGCCAGGAGUGUGUCCAAGGAGAUUCUUUGGAGAAGGAUUGUGUGAAGAGUUGUGUGACAAUGACGUUGACUGUCCGAACAAUGAGAAGUGCUGCAGCACUAAAUGUGGACGUGAAUGUACACCUCCAUUUAAAGUGAGGCCUGAUCCAUGUCUCAGACCAAAUGUGUGCUGAUAACUCUUCCCAUGAUGAUUGAUGUCCUGCCUGACCGAAGUGUUGCCCAACCACCUGUGCGUGCGUGCAUGCAUGCAGCGAACCAUGCCAGUUUAACCAUUGGGAAAGGUUUUUUUGCGUACCAUAUUUGAGGUCUUCUACAUUCACCAAAUAAAUAUCAGUUUAGCAAAAC